AUGCCAAGGCAUGUUUAUAAUACGGAAGAAAUUGAUAACAGUAACAGAUUAAUAUGGGAUGAAUUGCAUUAUAAUAAAUGUGUUUUGGCAGAUGAACAUCAACAAUUAGUAAAGAAUUUGACACAUGAGCAAGAGUCAGUUUAUGAAAAAAUAAUAAGAGAUGUGAAUGAAGACAAAGGUGGAUUUUUCUUUUUAUAUGGUUUUGGAGGAACAGGCAAGACUUUUAUUUGGAGAACUCUAUCUUCUGCCUUAAGAUCUAGAGGAGAUAUUGUGUUAACUGUUGCAUCUAGCGGGAUUGCAUCUUUGUUGUUACCAGGUGGUCGAACAGCUCAUUCAAGAUUUGCGAUUCCUCUAAAUGUAACUGGAGAUUCAACAUGUAAUAUCAAGCAAGAAAGUACAUAUCCAGAUUUCAACAGUCGUUGCAAUGACAUAGGAUACCUCCAGCAAAGAGCCAUUCUUACUCCAACUCUUGAUAUGGUGGAAUCAAUCAGCGAAUAUAUGAUUUCUCUUAAUCAAAGUUAUGAAAAAUCAUAUUUGAGUUCCGAUACAAUCUACAACUCUGACAAUACUUAUUCAGCACUGGAACAUUCAGCAGGAUUAUGUAAUGGAACAAGGUUGAUCAUAACUAAACAUGGAAAUCAAGUUAUUGAAGCCAAGGUGUUAGCAGGACAGAUGGCCGGACAAAAAGUGUUUAUUCCAAGAAUGACAUUGACUCCAUCUGAUGCUAGAAUUCCAUUUAAGUUCCAGCGAAGACAAUUUCCAAUCAUCGUUUCUUUUGCCAUGACAAUCAACAAAAGUAAAGGACAGUCAUUGUCUCAUGAGGGAUUAUUUUUGAAGAAACUAAUUUUUACCCAUGGACAACUAUAUGUUGCUCUUUCUCAGGUGACAAGCAGAAAGGGAUUAAAAAUUUUGGUUUGUGAUGACGAUGGGCAAAUAACUACUGAAGCUACAAAUAUUGUAUUUAAAGAAGUUUUUUGA